GUCAUAUUCUAGAAUUCCCUAUAGCGAGUUCAUAUUCAGUUCAACUGCCUAAUCGUUCGCAAAGUUUGAAAAAAGUUCAUCAAAUAAAUAUGUCUAUCAAAAAUAUUAUUAUAAACUUUAUAUGUAUUGUUAUGGCUUUGAACAUACCCUUAAUCUAUGGUGACGCCGAAGGAUUAUCAGACUUUGUAUCAUUUACUAACAAAGGACCAAAUGAUGUGAUUUUCAUCAUGGAUAGAUCAACGAGUGUUGAAAAUACACUUUUUUAUAGAAAUAAUAGAAGAUUAACGGAAACGUUAAUAAAAAAUUUUAUGCCGGUUGGUAAUUUAUCUAGAAUAGCAGCUGUAACUUUUGGAAAAGAUGCUACAAACGAUUUUGACUAUAUAUCGCCGGCGAAUAAUAUUCAAAGGCCUACCAAAUGCGAAUUGCAAGACGAUUUUAACAAAAUACUCUUCAAAUCGGAAGAUCAUUUUGCCAAAGGUUUCAAUAUUUCUGGGGCAUUAAGUCUGGCUUCAGACGCUUUGAAAGAAGGCCGACAGAACAGGUUUAACGUAACCCAGCUAAUAGUACUCAUGUCUGAUGGCGAUUAUAAUAAGGAACAAGAUCCAAAAACAAUUAUUGAGCAGUUAGAAAAUGAUAAUGUAUAUGUGUUCGUUGUUGGAAUUGGUUGGUGGUUAGAAGUGGGCAAUAUGAGAACAUUAGCUACUAAAGAUGAGUAUUAUGGCGAUAUUGACCAAUGGAUGGAUUUUUCAGAAUCGAAUAACAGUUUUACGUAUUUUAAAAAUACUCCAACAAUUUAUCAACCUUUUAUAACAAAUUCUCAACUAGAAUGCAAUCUUUUGAAGUCGCAGACAGUAAAUAUAUCAGAAAAAAUUCAAAAUGUACAACUGCAAAAUUGUAGUCAAUAUUCGUGUAAAAAUGGAGGAAAGUGUAUGAAAACAUAUGAUUCCGUUAUUUGUGUUUGUCCAUGGGGAUUCGAUGGUGUAUUUUGUGAAACAGAGGUGAAUGUCUGUCAAUAUGAUACUUUAUGCGAAAAUGGAGGAAUAUGUUAUAUCCACGAAAAUGAUAGAAGAAAAGGAUUCCGUUGUGACUGUAAGACUGGUACUAGUGGCUACAAAUGUUCAAAUGUAAAAAAACCAUCAACAACAAAGCAAACUGAGCCAACAACUAAGCAAACUGAGCCAACAACAUUAAAAACAACUGAAAGACCAUCUAAUGGACCAAUUGUAACUGAGAAAACAACUGUUAAAGAUUUUCCAUACGGUCCAGUUAUAGGAUCUCUGUGCGGAGCGCUUUUAUUGCUCUUAAUUAUUGGCUUAAUUGUAAUCUUUAUUGUCAUUCGGCGCCGAAGGGUAAAGAGUGGUGAUGAUAAGCCUAUAAUUAUUAAAAAAGAAAUGAUGACUGGAACUGACGCAAUAGAAAAUGGAUUAUAUUCCAAUAACAAAGUACCGGAUAAAGAGGAUCCAACCGUUCCACCUAUGAGACAGGAUAGUAAUUUAGAUGAAAACGUCUACGAAUCCUUGGAAACUGUGCAUACAGUUUCAGAGGCAGUUUAUGAGUACGAUGUAAUGUACGCUUGCAUGAAGAAUUGGCAAAGUUAUAUUGAUAAACUAAGCGAACAUGGAAAAAUUAAGAAAGCAGCUCUAAUUAAGAAAGAUUUUACUAAGCAGGCAACAUCAAAGAACUUUUUAAUAAGCAUCUCCGAAAUUUAUCAACUGAUUGAUUUAGUCGAAAAUUCGUACGAUGAAGAAGCAAUUACAAUUCAGGGAUGCGAAUAUAAAUUAAAUAAAGGGUUUAAUAAUUUUAUUACGGGAUUAGCUACUGAUCAGCUAACUUCGUUUGCGAUUGCUCAAACGAAAUUCUUCAUUGUUAUUGCUAUCGCAAAAUAUCCUGAUCAAGAAAAGAAUGAUCUUAAAGAGGUUGAAUGGAUUUACAAUCAUGUUCUAGAAGAAGGCUUCUAAAAGAUAACUAAUUGAGAUUGACAUAAUUUGUAUAACCAUUCAAUUAUUUUUCUUAAAGCUAUUAAAUGGCACCGAUAAAUUUUUAUAUUGUAAGAAAAUGAAAGAAACGUGAAUAUUACAAUAUUCGACAUUUUCUACUUAAAACAUUAGAUCACUCUGUCUAAAUAAGAUAAAGCUCAAAGCUGAAUAUAUUUGAUAUACUUCUAUUCCCAAUAGCUGCCUUCCUAUUUUUAUUUAUUUUUUUUAUUUUCCCGUAUACUUAAAGAUAAAAUUAAAUGUUAUCUAUCAUAUUUAUACAUUUUGAAUAUUCAUUCUAUUAUUUUGUUAUUUGUUGAUUUUGUUUUCUUUCUAUCAGGAGGUGCUGAUUAUUUUACCAAACCAAAUAAAAAUACACUUGUUACUGUUUUGUAUUCCUAUUGUUUACAUUAUUGUUUUUUUUAUAGCUUUUGU